UCUCAGGACUUGUGCUGCUUUGACUAUGGCGGCUCGCGGCGUGGGGCUCUGGACCCGUUUGCCUCUAGGUGCCCAGGCUGGAGGUCGGGUCCAGCGUCCUAUCCACAGGCUUCUCAGUUACCCUGGAACUGUGGCCGCAGACCUCAAGCGAGAAGAGCAGCCUUCAGGGAACGUGGAGACAGGCUCUGAAGACAGGACUCCCCAAAAGAGAUUCUCUGAGGUACAGAAAGAAAGACGAGAACAGGCACAGCGGACCGUUUUAAUACAUUGUCCAAAUAAAAUCAGUGAAAAAAAGUUUCUCAAGUAUUUAUCCCAACAUGGGCCUAUUAAUAAUCAUUUCUUCUAUGAAAGUUUUGGUCUCCAUGCAGUUGUAGAAUUUAGCCAAAAGGAAAGUAUAGCCUCACUGCAGAAUGCAACUCGCACUCCAGGCCUGGGCACAGAGGCUGUGAUUCCAUUCAGAUCACGUUUCUUCAAUUUAAAGUUGAAGAAUCCAUCGAACCAGACUUCUGAACAGUCAUCUCUACAGUGUAGUGAUCAGUCACCUCCUUCAAGCAAGAGACUUUUUGAAUUACUUCAUUACGCAGAAAGUAUAGACGAUCAGCUGCACACUCUCUUGAGGGAAUUGCAGAUAACAGAAGAGAACACUAAGCUCCGAUAUCUUACCUGUUCUCUUGUUGAAGACAUAGCGGCUGCAUAUUUUCCAUACUGUACGGUCAGACCCUUUGGCUCCUCAGUGAACAGUUUUGGGAAACUAGGAUGUGAUUUGGACAUGUUUUUGGAUCUAGAUGAACUUGGAAAACUCAACUCUCUCAAGACCUCAGGUAAUUUUCUGACAGAAUUUCAAGUGAAAAGCGUCCCUUCUGAAAGAAUUGCAACUCAGAAGAUCCUGUCCGUGAUUGGAGAGUGCCUGGACCAAUUUGGCCCCGGGUGUGUGGGCGUGCAGAAGAUCUUAAAUGCUCGGUGCCCACUGGUGAGGUUCUCCCACCAAGCCUGUGGGUUUCAGUGUGAUUUGACCACUAACAAUAGGAUUGCCUUGAAAAGUUCUGAACUUCUUUAUAUAUAUGGCGCUUUGGACUCCCGAGUAAGAGCCUUGGUGUUCAGUAUCCGAUGUUGGGCUCGAGCACACUCCUUAACGAGUAGUAUUCCUGGUGCUUGGAUCACAAAUUUCUCCCUUACAAUGAUGGUCAUCUUUUUUCUCCAGAGAAGAUCACCUCCUAUUCUUCCAACUCUAGAUUACCUAAAAACCCUAGCAGAUGCAGAAGAUAAAUGUAUAAUAGAGGGCCACAACUGUACAUUUAUUAGUGACUUGAAUAGAAUUAAACCUUCAGAAAACACAGAAACACUAGGUAAGUGUUUUUCUUUUUUCUUUUUUGGAUUGAAACAGAAUUUCCUCUUACUUUCCUUGUUUUUUAUUCUUGCAGAAUUACUACUGAAGGAAUUUUUUGAGUAUUUUGGAAAUUUUGCCUACAAUAAAAAUUCCAUAAAUAUUCGACAGGGAAGGGAACAGAACAAACCUGAGUCUUCUCCUCUGCACAUUCAGAAUCCUUUUGAAAAUUCUCUCAACAUCAGCAAAAACGUAAAUCAAAGCCAGCUGCAAAAAUUUGUAGAACUGGCCAGAGAAAGUGCCUGGAUUUUACAACAGGAAGAUAUGGAUCGUCCUUCACCAUCGAAUCAGCCCUGGGGGCUGGCAGCCCUUCUGCUACCAUCUGUAGCAAACAGUAAGGCUCUUGCCAGGAAGAAAAGGAAAAGACCUACAAGUGAGAGAAUUAAAAACUUGUUAGAAUCCAUAAAAAGUAACAAUACAGAAAAUUCCACGGACACCAACGGGAAAGGAACAAUCAGUACUCAGGCCUAAUGGCUGCUCUUCUGCUUGAAGGACGAGUUUUAACAUUUAAAGGGAUCUUCAGCUUGCUGCAAGAACUGGUAUGAACUUUAACAGAUACGAAACUUUCAUCUGAUGUCAUUUUUCAGGAUCUGCACAUUGGUCCACUUCUCUGGUCUGAAGUUCAGAGAUGUUUUCCUUUUCGAGUCUGCAGUCAGAUGCCCAAAUCAGGCAUUUGUUUAAAACUUCAACAAGGAAGGGGUGAAAAGGGAAUUGGAAUGUACUUUAGUUAAAUAGUUAAACUAUACAAAGUGAAUGGUAAGAGUCCAUUUUAGAAUCUAACCAUUGUUGAUUUCCACAUCAUCCUCUGACUGGAAAUCAUUUGAAAAGACUUCUAGUUCUAAACAUAUGUCAACGAUGAAGAUAAUAAAACCUCAAAUUUUUGUAGGACUCUUUCGUAUGCAUUCUUGUGUUUAUUCUUCAAACGAGUUAAUGUUACUUAUAAAUUAAAGCAGGUUGGUUGGUACUGAUUUCCAUAGAUGUUUAUAUUUUUAAAAGGUUUGAAUGUGGGUAUUUAGAAUAUCUAGAUGUAACGACCAAAGCCAAAUAUGCAAAAAUAUUGAUACAUUAUAGUUUCAACUGUUAUUUAGCUACUUUGUUUUCAAAAGUAAAGAACUAUUUCUACUAAAAUGUGAUAGUCCCAGUAUUCCCUUGACUUUUCUUUUGAAACUCCCCUCUCCUCAGAGAAAAGUGAUACAUAUUGAAAUGUAAUUUCCAGAAUUUCCAGUUCCUUCCCUGUGGAACAACUUUUUGUUUAAGAAGCAAUAUAGCGUAGUGUUUGAGAACACAGACUUGAACAAGACUGGCUCUCCAGCAGGAUACUCAGUUGCCUUGGGCCCCAGCUGUUUCAUCUGUGCAGUGGGGAUGAUAAUAGUGCAUGUUGUGGUACAGACUGAGUGAUGUACACAAGAAAGUACCUGGCACAUAUAAAUGUUGCUUCUCUUUAGCUGUGACUUUUCAGUGUUGUAUAUAAUUAUUAUUUAUCCUACUCAAAAUUCAGAUUUAGAAUUUGUAUUGGUUUUAAGUCUCCCACAUUUUAGGUCAGAAACUGUACUGGGCUCUGCUUGGGAUAUUUUGAGAGACUCACUAAUAUAAUGAGUAUGGAAUAAAGUCACUUCUGUAACAUGUAACUGCUGGUUGAUUUCACACCUAAAACCAACAAACAGUUAUCAGUGUUCUUUUCUGCAGGCAGUGUCUUUAAUUAAAAGCCAUUUUUUUUUUAAAUUCUGUUGGGCUAGAAAUCUGUAUUAAGAAUUAAAAUGGGGUUUUAAAAAGCAUAAAUAUUUAAAGGUUGCUAAAUGAAAUUUUUUUUUUUUCUAUUCAGAUAUUCAAUUGGACAUUCUUUUUAAGAGGUUGAUGUUAAGUCCAAAAUGGUCAUUUCAGCACAUAAAGUUGUGUAUGCUUUAGCAUUUUUUUUUCUUUUUUUUUUUGUAAUUUAUAGGACAACUUUGACUUCGUAGGUCUCUACUUUUCAGAAUAAUACUUAAUCAUGUGAUGUAUUUUAAUCUACAGUGAUCUAAUUUAAUAUGCAGCUUUAAGUUAUAGUUAGAUGAAUAUAGACCACAAAUUUAGUGUUUUCUCUAAGUUUCUCUUUCUCAAAUUUUUAAAAUGUAAUUUUUAUUACAUUAUAGGGGUUAUCAGCAAUUCUUUGUUGUCAUGUCUUAGUAAAAACCAAUUGCAACAAUAAAGAAAAAAUAGUUGUUCAAGAUUUCUCUUUUCCAGA